AUGGAUACGAUCACAAUUUAUGUGAAAGCACGGGCAGAACCUAAUUGCCCCGAUGUGGUACCCUUCGAAAUGCCAAUCUUCCCUCCACAUCGCCUCACUGCCUGGCUGGUUCGCACGGGCCAUCUACAAUUGGACCGAGAAGCAUCGCAGCAGUUCUUCAAUCACUUCCGGGAGCAUCAAGUUCCUUGGAUGGAGGAGAGCUCGGAAGAAACUGCAGACUUCUACCCCUACGGGCUAUAUGGCGAUGAAGCUGAGUAUACGGCUACAAAAGAGAAAUUGCUGGUGAUUCUCAUCAGUUAUCCUCUUCAAACAUCUAAGAAAGUAUGGGCUACUCGAUUCCCGCUCUGUGUGCUCCGCACAGAACGCAUCAUUGGGCCGCAGACGCUCCAACCGAUCUGGGAUUAUCUGGCCUGGAGCGCCAAUUGCCUUUAUGAAGGAAAGUGGCCUAGCAAAUCGCUUUCUGGAGAAGAGAUUCAAAGCCCCGACUGUGGCCAGUAUCUUUGCAGCGACAAAACACGAUUUCGGUUAACUGAAUGUCGUGGAGACUGGAAGUGGCAGGUACAAAUCUUUAGACUAAAAGGUCACUUCGGAGCAACGAAUGUUUGCCACAGAUGCCGAGCUUCCAAGAAAGAUGUGCAGUGGAUCUUUACUGACUUCCGCCGAAAUGCUUCUUGGAUUCAAACCGAGCGAACCCAUCGAGAAUUCUUGCUCACGAUGCUUGGCGAGCCGCUGAACACGCUGGUGUUCGUGGCAAAAUUCCACCACCGCCUCAUCAAGUUCGACACAAUGCAUGGAGUGAGCCUUGGGAUAGGCCAGUUCACGAACGGAUCGGCAUUGAAGGAGCUCUUGAAGAUCAAUCACUUUUCUGGCGGCGAUAAUGCAGCUUUAUUUCGUGACGCCUACAGAUCCUUCAAGGCUUUCCUGAAAUCUCACAAGCUGGGGUGCUCACAGCCCCUGUUCAGGCCGUGGAUGUUGAUUCUUUCUGGGGAAGACUACGGCCUGCUUGCUUCCAAGGAUCCCAAAUCGGAAUAG